AUAAUAUCAGGUAACCUGAAAAUAUCAUAUAAGUCUAAAGUCAUGAAUUAAAUCAUACACUUGAACACAUACUCGUAUCAGAUUGGAUAUCAUAACUUACAAUAAACCAAUAAACCAGGCCAUCACAUAUUCAUAUUACCAGUUUACCACUAAACUCAAUACCGCUGGCUAAUAAGAUUUUCCUUAUAAAUACAACCAUGCUUCACUCAAACUAGAACACAUCUAUUUCACUUCUUUUCUUUCCAAACCAAAAAUAAACCAAGUUACAAAAAUCUUGUUAAUCAACAACAACAAUCAUGUUGGCUAUAUUUCACAAGGCAUUCUCUCAUCCACCUGAAGAACUAAAUAGUCCAGCUUCACAUAGAGGUCCAAAAAAACCCAAAUUACCAGAAGCAACCCUUUCUGAUUUCAUCUCUACUCAUGAUCCUCAAAACACCUUCUCCAUGAGCUUUGGUCAAGCUGCUGUUCUUGCCUACGUUCGUCCUUACCCCGCUCAUCCGCUUCAUCAACUGUUAUUUAGUGGAAAUGAUGAUAUAUAUUGCUUGUUUAAGGGGAGUUUGGACAAUUUGUGUGGGUUGAUAAAACAAUAUGGAUUAUCAAAGAGUACAAAUGAAGCUAUGUUGGUGAUUGAGGCAUAUAGAACACUUAGGGAUCGUGGGCCCUACCCAGCUGAUCAAGUAAUUAAGGAUCUUGAAGGCAGAUUUGGGUUUGUUGUUUAUGAUAGUAAGACUGGAACUGUCUUCACUGCUCUGGGUUCGGAUGGAGGUGAGAAGCUAUAUUGGGGAAUUGCUUUGGAUGGUUCAGUGGUAAUUUCGGACGAUUUGGAGGUUAUUAAGGCUGGCUGUGCUAAAUCUUUUGCUCCUUUUCCAACAGGAUUUAUGUUCCACAGUGAAGGGGGACUGAUGAGCUUUGAGCAUCCGAUGAACAAAGUGAAGGCAAUGCCAAGGGUGGACAGCCAAGGGGUGAUAUGCGGAGCAAAUUUCAACGUCGACAAGUUUAAUCGCAUCAAUAGCAUGCCUCGUAGUGGCAGCGCCACCAAUUGGUCUAAGUGGGAUGCUCACAUGAAUGAAGCUGUUUGAUCCCAUACAAUACUCUAGAUUGCUGAACAAUAAAUCGAUCCUUGCUGGUAUCUUAUGUUUAAGUCUUUGACAUGUAAGAAUUAUGAGAAAUGAUCAUGCCAUAAGUUGUACAUAUAAAUACCUCUGCCUUCUUUUCUUCAAUUCUUGUUUUCUACUAUUUAUGUAAUAGCAUACGGGUCAAUGACUGAAAUUAUUUGUCUCUUGA